CCAAAACCACACUCAUCCGUUACAAAUCACCAAAUGGCACCAUCAAAAUCACUUUCUCUCCAACAUUUUCUUCUUCCUCUGCAUCUUCUUCUUCUUCAUGGUGUCAUUGCUGCUUCAUCUGCACCAGCACCACCAUCAGUGUACGACACAUUCCUCAAGUGCCUAACACAGCACACAACCUCCACCACCAACCUUGUCUUCUCCCCCACCAACCCCUCCUUCUCCACCGUCCUCCAAAACUACAUCCGCAACGCUCGUUUCAACACCUCCGCAACCAAAAAGCCGUUAAUCAUCGUUACCCCCCUGCAAGAAUCUCACGUCCAAGCCGCCGUCAUCUGCGCCAAAACCAUUAAAGUCCAGCUCAAAAUCCGCAGCGGCGGCCAUGACUACGAGGGAAUCUCGUACAUCUCCAAUGAGCCCUUCAUCAUCAUCGACCUCUUCAACCUCCGCCGCGUCACGGUCGAUAUCGCGAAGGAAGUCGCGGUGGUUCAAGCCGGCGCGACGCUUGGGGAGCUUUACUACGGGAUAUGGCAGAAGAGUAAGGUUCAUGGCUUCCCUGCUGGGGUUUGUCCCACUGUAGGUGUCGGUGGCCAUAUCAGCGGCGGAGGGUACGGUAACAUGUUGAGAAAAUAUGGUCUAUCUGUUGAUAAUGUGAUUGAUGCUCAGAUUGUUGAUGUCCAAGGUAGAAUUCUCGAUAGAAAAUCAAUGGGUGAAGAUUUGUUCUGGGCUAUUAGAGGUGGUGGUGGAGGUAGCUUUGGUGUGAUUUUAUCAUACACGGUUAAACUGGUUAAGGUUCCUGAAAUUGUUACUGUUUUUCGUGUGGAGAAGACUCUGGAUCAGAAUGCUACUGAUCUUGUUCUUCAAUGGCAGCAGGUUGCUCCAACAACUGAUGACAGGCUAUUCAUGAGGCUGUUGUUGCAGCCAAUUAGUUCCAAGGUUGUGAAGGGGACAAAAACUGGAAGAGCUACUGUUAUUGCAAUGUUUCUUGGAGGAGCCAAUGAGGUUGUGUCAAUUUUGGGGAAGGAGUUUCCUGUUCUUGGGUUGAAGAAGGAGAAUUGCACUGAGUUGAGUUGGAUUAAUUCUGUUUUAUGGUGGAAUGAUGAUGAGAGUUUUGUAAAGGGUGCUAAGCCAGAGACCCUUUUGGAUAGGAAUGUGAAUUCUGCUGAUUUUCUCAAGAGGAAAUCUGAUUAUGUGCAGAAACCAAUUUCAAGAGAUGGGUUGGAAUCGAUUUGGAAGAAGUUGAUUGAAUUAGGGAAAGUAGGAUUUGUUUUCAAUCCUUAUGGUGGAAAAAUGAAUGAGAUUCCAUCUGAUGCAACACCAUUCCCUCACCGUACUGGAAAUCUCUUCAAAAUGCAGUAUUCUGUGAACUGGCAUGAUCCAUCUCCAGCUCUAGCACAAAACUACACAAACCAGGCUAAGAUAAUGUACAGUUACAUGACCCCUUUUGUGUCCAAGACAAGGAGUGCUUAUUUGAAUUACAGAGAUCUUGACAUUGGGGUCAAUAAUUUUGAUCAGAGAAGCUAUCAAGAAGGGGAGGUUUAUGGAACCAAGUACUUCGGUAACAAUUUUGAGAGGCUAGUGAAGGUUAAAACUGCUGUGGAUCCUGUUAACUUUUUCAGGAAUGAGCAAAGUAUUCCUGUACAUCCUAGCAAGACAGUAUAGAGAAUCAAACAUUGAAGCAUGUUAUUAUAAUUGAAAAUUGAUAAUCAUACUUUUUUGGUUUA